AUGUGUAAGUUAAAAGUUAUAGAAAAAUGUAAAGAGGCUAGUGAGUGGCAAAGUCCAAUAAUAAUAGUAGAAAAACCUAAUAAAAGUAUGAGAGUAUGCUUGGAUCCGAGGGAGCUCAACAAGAAUAUUAUCAGAGAAACGUUUCAAAUACCAACCCUGGGAGAAAUAAAAUUAGAUUUAUGUAAUAAGAAAAUAUUUACUUUAUUGGAUUUAAAAGAUGGUUUUCACCAGUGUAAAUUAGAAAAAAAUUCCCAAAAUUAUUGCUGUUUUAGUACUCCUUUUGGCUCUUAUAAGUACCUAAGAUUACCUUUUGGAUUAGCGUCAGCGCCUGACAAAUUUCAAGAACUAACUUUUAAAUAUUUUGGUAAUAUAAAAAAUGUUAAUGUUUAUUUUGAUGACAUACUUAUCUCAGGAGCCACAAAAGAGGAACAUGAUAAUGCGUUGAAUAUAGUUUUAAGUAAGGCAAGAUAA